AUGAAAACUGACGAUUUAGAAAGGCUGUGUAGAAGAAUAGGGAGAUUUCUCUGGAUAAGACUGGAGAAGUCUGGAAAAAAUUCUGGAGUACACUGGAGAAGUCUGGAGAAAACUGGAGAAAACUGGAGAACUAGAAUAGUCUGGAUAAGGCUAGAGCAGUCUAAAAAUAUCCUGGAGAAAACUGGAGAAGUCUGGAGAAAAUCUGGAGAAAACUGGAAAAGUCUGGAUAAGAUUGGAGAAUAUUCUGAAAAAAUCUAG